CAUGACAGCGGGGGAGACGGUCGAGGCGUCGUGGCGGGUGGGUGGCGUCUUUCCUUUUCGAAGCAGCGAGGCUGAAGAGUCACAAAACUGGGGCAAAGGACUGAAGAUGUCAUCUUAUUUGACUCAGGAGGUUCAUCUUGCUAGAAGGCAUGAAGAGAUACUGUCUCAGAGAUCAGAGCUGCUACAGCAGAUGGAGACUUAUCUAGGAGACAAAAAGACUAAAAAGACAUGGCAAACUCAAGCAGCUGAUGCAGCUCGUAAAAGGAAUGCAGCACUUUUAAAUGAUAUAGAAGCAGCAGAAAAAAAGCUGCAAGAAAGAGUGUGUUUACUUCCACAUCCUGAUACUGUUAAGUUAGAAACUCUCUAUUGGGCAUCAAUAAAAGAAUCUCUUCCCAAGUGGGAACAGUUUCUUUUAGGAAGAGCAGAAGUUCCUAUUGGUUUUACGAAAAUGAAAACUACAAAACAGAACAUAAGCUACCCAGAAGAAGAUUCGCAAAAAUAAACACUCUAGGUUGCUUUUGUUUUGUAACUUAUGGCUUAGGCAGACAAGAUCAUCCAAAUCAGGCAACGGAAUAUCACGCCGUUAAAUUGUAAUGUAAAUCAUAUAAAUGAAAAUUAACCAUAUUGGAUAAUUUU